GCGGGACUCAGCGCACAGUUGGGGGUAGGUGCGGUGUAGUGCGGCGUCGGAUGCGUGCAUGUUGACAACACUUAUGCAGGACGAACACGCUCUGGAGACAGGAAUGCACACAGGAUGCUGCGUCCACUAACCGCAACGAGCCGCUGGAUGUAAAGAAACGAAAGAACCCGCAACCAAAAGCGCUGACCUCGCGUGCUGACGCUGACACACGUCUCUUUGCCGCAGAAAUCGUUCCAGUGGAGACCCUGCUGAUGCGCUUUGGCUGUGCAUGAAACCGUCCAUUUGGGGCUGCAGGUUCUGGACAAAACUGUGCAGUACUGACGUCUGAGUGAAGGUGAUCUAGCUUGAGUGCACCUUACCCGCGCCUCUCUGCUCCUCUCUCUCUGUGCGCCCCGUGGCACCUGCUUCAGGAUGGCCUUAACGAUCUGCACGCGCUUUACCGACGAAUAUCAGCUGUUCGAGGAGCUGGGGAAGGGAGCAUUCUCUGUGGUUAGGAGGUGUGUGAAGAUCUCCUCUGGACAGGAGUAUGCUGCCAAAAUCAUCAACACCAAGAAGCUUUCUGCCAGAGAUCAUCAAAAGUUGGAGAGAGAAGCAAGGAUUUGUCGUUUAUUAAAGCAUCCCAACAUCGUAAGACUCCAUGACAGCAUAUCAGAAGAAGGUUUCCACUAUCUCGUGUUUGAUCUGGUGACGGGAGGAGAGCUGUUCGAGGACAUCGUGGCUAGGGAGUACUACAGUGAGGCUGAUGCCAGCCACUGCAUACAGCAGAUCCUGGAGAGUGUCCAUCACUGCCAUGUCAACGGGAUUGUUCACAGAGAUCUGAAGCCUGAGAACCUUCUAUUGGCCAGUAAGCUGAAGGGGGCGGCGGUCAAGUUGGCUGACUUUGGGCUGGCCAUCGAGGUACAGGGGGACCAACAGGCAUGGUUUGGUUUUGCUGGCACCCCAGGCUACUUGUCCCCAGAAGUUCUGAGGAAAGAUCCGUACGGGAAACCAGUGGACAUGUGGGCCUGUGGCGUGAUUUUGUAUAUCCUGUUGGUGGGCUACCCACCUUUCUGGGACGAAGAUCAACAUCGCCUCUACCAACAAAUCAAGGCUGGAGCCUAUGACUUUCCUUCUCCUGAGUGGGACACCGUAACCCCAGAGGCCAAAGAUCUGAUUAACAAGAUGCUAACGAUCAACCCCAGUAAACGCAUCACAGCUGCAGAAGCUCUCAAACACCCCUGGAUCUGUCAACGCUCCACUGUAGCUUCCAUGAUGCACAGGCAGGAGACCGUCGAGUGUCUGAAGAAAUUCAAUGCCAGGAGGAAACUCAAGGGAGCAAUACUGACCACUUUGCUGGUCACAAGAAACUUCUCAGCAGCCAAAAGUUUGCUCAACAAGAAGCCAGAUGGCGUUAAGGUCAACAACAAAGCCAACACAGUGACCAGUCCUAAAGACACUGGCCCUGCCCCCGCACUGGAGCCACAGACCACCGUGAUCCACAACCCUGUUGAUGGAAACAAGGAAUCCAUUGAAAGUGCCAACACUACCAUUGAGGAUGAAGAUGUAAAAGCCUGCACCAAUAACAAUAAAGCUCGUAAACAGGAAAUUAUUAAAGUGACCGAGCAGCUGAUCGAGUCUAUAAACAAUGGCGACUUUGAAUCCUAUGCGAAGAUUUGUGAUCCUGGUUUAACUUCAUUCGAGCCUGAAGCUCUGGGCAAUCUGGUGGAAGGACAUGAUUUUCAUCGUUUUUACUUUGAAAAUGCGCUGUCUAAAGGGAAUAAGCCGGUGCACACCAUCCUCCUGAACCCACAUGUGCACCUCAUCGGGGAGAAUGCAGCAUGCAUUGCCUACAUUCGGCUGACCCAGUACAUGGAUUGCAGCGGCAUGCCUCGCACCAUGCAGUCCGAGGAGACUCGUGUGUGGCAUCGCCGUGAUGGAAAGUGGCAGAAUAUUCACUUCCAUCGCUCAGGCGCACCCAGCAUCCCCUCCCAUUAAUGGAAUAUCAUUGUUGUGGAAAGAAACUAAAUCCUAUCAGCAAAUCUAGUGGAGCGGUCAACUAGCCAACCCCCUGACUGCCCUUCAGACCUUUGACCCUUUCUGUAAGGACAUGAUGUUGCACAGGACACAAGCAUUAUUACAUUUUACUGUUAUGACAUUUUACGAAUGAACUGUUCUCUAAACCACCACCGGGUGGCAGCACACCGUAUUUGGACAUAAUGAAACAAACAUAUUAAGAACAUUUUUUGUUUAUUUGUUUGUUUGUUUUCUAAAACAGUUUUGGUAUGCAUUUUAAAUAUAAAACAGAUGUUUAAAGAUUUACUGUAACCUCUCCCAAAAAAGGAUUAGUUCUGUAUUUUUACGUGUAUUUCUGUGUGUGCAACCUUAAAACUCUUGAAGAAUGAGAAUCUUAAACAUGGAGCUUGCUUUAGUUCUGGUGAUGUAUAUACAGUACAUUGUGAUUGCUGAAAACAAACAAAACUCUUAAACUGCUAUUCUUCCUAACAUGACUUCAAAGUUUAUGUAAAAUGGAGCAAAAUUGAGUUAUGAGCUACAUUUCUGUUUGCUAUGAGCUAAGUCAUACUGUUUCAAUGGUCAGAUUUUAAUCUAUAGUACUAAUUUAAAUAUUAAGAAAAGCAGAUCCGCUUCCACUUUGCAUUGACAUGUUUGCCUUUAUAUCAGUGAAAUAAGAAAUAAGAGAAUGUAGCAUAUAUGUAACAUAUGAAAACUAAAGACUAUUGUGUAGUGCAUGGUGGGGGAGGGGGCAACCACAAGUAAGAAACUAUAAAAUCUGCUGUUUAAUUUGUCAGUCCCUGACAUGUCUGUCUGCAUUUGUUCUUGCUGCGCAUCGGUCCCGUUGCAAAUGUUUCCAAUGUCCUCCGGUUUCAAGGGCGUAAAGGCUGUAAGACGAAGUUUUAAAUAAGGACACCAUUCCGGUUAACGUCCGGCACAAACAUCAGAACCUUACGUUAAACAGGAGGAAACAAGUAAAACGAAACCCUGGAAGCACCUUCAUGAUUUUGUACAAAAACAAGAAGCUCAUUCUUCACUCUGUACUUGUGUCGUGUGCCUGUGUGUGUCGCGUUUCUGUUGUCAUUCUAAAAUUCGUGUCACAUCAGUGUGUUGCUUGCCAGCUGCAAAGAGAAGAUGCCGAUUAUAAAAUGAAGUAAGGAUUUGGGAUUUCAGCCCCGUGGAGCGAACACCUGUUGGAAUGCUGAGGUCCGAUCACAAUGAUGGGAUGUCUUCCUCGCUGAUCAGUGCUUCUGCUAGCCAGUGGUCUCACCACGGUGGGACAAUGACGUCCACGUUGUCCCUCACUGUUUGCUAUUUCCAGUUGGUUUGUCUCUUCUUUUUUUCUGAGGGGAAAAACAUGAUAAAUGUUCAUUUUGACCAAAAGUAUGAUGUCAGUGCAAUGCAACACUCCUCAUAUGUUGUGUAAUUAUUGCCAGCAUGGCAAUGGAUGGCUUAACAUGUUUAAAAAAUAAAUAUAGAUACAAAUGA